GACUAUAUAUCCUUUUCCCUCUAUUCUAUGCUGAAUCUCCCCUCAGACAAAACGAGCUGCGGAGACGCUGCUAGAAAUGGUAGGGGCAGAACUUGGGGUCUAUGUAUUUGGAGAUUAUCGUUGGACAUUGAAUAAUCCUUCAAAGAAGUGAGUCUGAAGUCUGAAGGCAAUUACAAUCGCAAUGGCUUUGUGCUCGUUUCGGCCUUCGAAAUAUCUCUUGUACUCAAUUAAAGAGUAUUCCCGGAACCAUUAUAUGUACAUGUCUGUGCCCCUUGUCUAUGCUUUUGGCUAGUCUUCGUUUUUUUCCCAUUUUCUUGCCAUAAACAAAACGCCUCAAAGUGGGUGUGGGCCACACGGCCACCCCUACCGGCCGCCACAGAAGCGCCCCACCUCGCCUCGUCUGGACGUUCGAUUCCAUGCCACACUGCCACACUGCCGCACUCGCUGGGCGAUUCGUUCCGAAAUAUUCAGUCGAAGUUCGGCCUGCGGCAGGUGCAGAUGAAAGAUCGAUCCGUUCCGUUCCGUUCCGUUCCGUUCUGUUCACUCCAGUCCAAUCGACUCAAUAAACCGUUUGUGCACCUCCUUCUGAAACACGUCAUCAGUGCAUUAUUUAUCCAUAUUCUAUAUUCUAUAUUCUAUAUUGUAUAUUGUAUAUCUGUUUUCGAUUCGGUUCGAUUCGGUGCGGUGCGGCGCGUUGCGUUGCGGUUCGUUUAUUCGAUCCAAAUCGAUUGGGAAAUCGCUGUGGAGGUAAACACACGAAUAAAUUGAAAGCCGUGGGAUAAACAAAACAAAAACAGAAACAGAAAAAAGCAUCAACAGAUUCGUUCCCGAAAGAUCAGCCACAGAAGAGAAUGUCUCUGCCGAUGGCGCAGUACCUCGUCCUCUUCGCGGGAGCGGCGCUCCUUCUGCCCACCGCCUGGGGCUACCAGGAGGAGAUGCGCUAUCCCUGCGCCUUCAUCGACACCGCCAACAUUACGGGCAGCUUCGGGACGGACGGCUCGUAUGUCCACAACUGGACGGUGAUUCCCCGCAACCUGGUGGCCGCCUACGACUUUGUCAUCGAAAACGGCAUUCGAGUGCCGGCUGCCAAGCAUCUGCGGGGCUGUGUCUGCAAGCUGAAGCCCUGUGUUCGCUUCUGCUGCCCGGAAGGUGAGAUCUACGAUCUGGAGAGGAGACAGUGCCUGACCCCAUCCAUCGACCAUCAGCCUCCGCCCGGCCAGACCCACUUCGAGGUGCAGAUGCUGAAUGGCAGCCUCAAGGAGCUGGAACUACGCUCUCGCUUCAGCAUCUAUGUGGAUACGCCGUGUGGACACAUGAAACCAGUGACAAAAGGCUCCGAGUAUGUCCAUUGGACACUGCAUGAGAAUGGCACUAUCGCCCAUCGUGGCCACAUCUUCUCCAAACACUAUUGCUACACGCCUCUCCUGCUGCACAACGCCUCCUCCUCCUCCUUUUCCUGGGACUGGCAGCCUCUGGUCUGUGCCCCCGAGAAGCUACACUUUGUGCUGGGCGUCCGCGAGUGGACCUACGCCAUCUGUCUCUUGAUAUCCAUUAUAUCCAUGGUCAUUGUGCUGGUGGUGUAUCUCAUGUGCUCGGAGAUGCGCAACAGCUUCUAUGGUGUGGCCAUCAAGGCCUACACCAUCUGCCUGAUUAUCGGAUAUGCCCUGCUCGGAUACCUCACGCUCCACAACCCGGCCACACUCUCCAAGGCAGCGUGUCGCAUCAUACCUAGCUUGACGCUCAUGUAUCUGGUGCUGUCCUUCUACAUCCUGAGCUUUGUUUCCUUCAAACUCUACCUGAGCUUCCACGGCGUCGUCUUCACGAAGCUAAUGUUCUGGCUGAUCUUCACACCGAUCGUCCUGAUCGCCAUUGGAUGGUCCUUCUUUGUGGGCUUCAGUCACUACGGCUCGCGACUGGUGUUUGGCGGCGACACUUGCUGGUUCGAUCCUCGCAACUGGAGCAUUAUGGUGUACCUGUUUGCCCCCGUUUUUGUGGCCUGUGCCAUCAGCGGUUUCUUCUAUAUUCUCAGCCUCAUUUACAUCAGCGAACAGCCCGAAAUCGAGACGGAAAAGAGCUUCGAGUCGAUCGAGAAGAACCGCUUCAAGUCCUUUUGGAAGUACUUCGGCUACACGGCCCUCGUGUGGCUCGUGUGCGUCUGCUCCUUCGCCUUCAACUACUACCGGGGGGAGCGUUCGCUGCACAACUAUGCCGUUUGCUUCUGCAUGGCCUUCCAUGGGUUCGCGGCACUCUAUGCGCUGAUCGGCAAGAACCAGCAGAUCCAGAACUUCCUGCGACGCAUCGAUAACGAUGAGGAUACCUGCGAGAACUCUGUGCCUUUGUCCAGUUUUUGAGGCGAAUCUCACUGGAAAUUAAGUGUUAGUUUGAUAUUCUUUAGACGUUUGUGUACCCAUUUUUUUGUCUCUAACUAAAGUAA